GAUGAGACUCCGCAGUCAUUUAGAUUUAAACACAAAAGCUUUGACCUGAUGACUUACAACAAGUAGAACAGCUGGACAGGAAGAAGGAGUGUGGCGUAUAAAACAGCGGUUUUGUUUUGUAACCAUAGUUACAGAGGUUCAAACAGUUCUAUACAUUAAAGGAAGGCACGACGCCAUAAAAUUUUCACUAUUGAUAUCCCCCAAGAGCAAAACCAAGUACGGAAAACACUUUGGCUCAGAAGCGAUGCAGUUCAAGUUUUCUCUUCAACCGAGCAUUAUCAUUCUCUAUAUCUGCCUUGGAAUUAUUCUCCCGCCAUGUUUCUGUUGCACCGACGACGCUAGUCGACACAUCAAAUUCAAGGACGCAAUACCGAACAUGGCCAUGAAAAAUCACGCGAUCAAAAGUGCAGAGGUGUCAAACGAAGGGAGCUGCAAAGUAAUGUGUUUGAUGGAGCCUAAUUGUGUGUCCAUCAAUGUUGGACCUGUUGCAGGAGGAAACCAAAAAUGCGAGUUGAAUAACGCCACGGAGGAAAACCAUGCUACAUUCCUUCUCGUGAACAAUCCGGGUUACACAUAUCUUGCAAUCGAGAAUCCAUGCAGCAGCAGCCCGUGCUUAAACAGGGGCAUCUGUCAAGCUGGAUUCACCUAUAAAGGUUUUCGUUGUGUCUGUCGGGAAAGAUUCACUGGAGAAACCUGCCAAAUCAGUGAAGUCAAGGGGAACUGCGCAGAAAUCUACAAAUCCGCGGGUAAACCAAUUGACGGCGUGUACACCAUCAAACCUGAUAAUCUGCCUGCCUUUGAUGUAUUCUGUGACCAAACAACAGCCGGUGGUGGGUGGGCAGUGUUCCAGAAAAGACUGAACGGCUCGGUUGAUUUCAACCGCUCCUGGAACGACUACAAACAUGGCUUUGGUGACCUGAAAAGUGAAUUUUGGUUGGGACUGGACAAGAUUCACCGGCUGACCUCAGAUAAUAAGAGCAUGCUGCGUGUGGACUUGGAGGACUUUGAAGGGAACACAGCUUAUGCCGAGUAUAACUUGUCUGGUGUUAUGGGUGAGAAAGACAAGUACAAGCUGAUCCUUGGUUCUUAUUCAGGAAAUUCUGGUGACUCUCUUUCUUGGCAUCGGGGUAUGCCGUUCACCACUAGAGAUCAAGAUAAUGACAAUAAGGGAGGUCACAACUGCGCUGUUCUGUACAAAGGAGCAUGGUGGUACAACACUUGUCACAAUUCAAAUCUCAAUGGUUUAUAUCUUCGUGGCAAUCACUCCUCCUAUGCUGAUGGAGUGAACUGGAAAGACUGGAAAGGACAUCAUUACUCCCUCAAGAGAACCGAGAUGAAAAUAAGACCAGUGGAUUUCUGAACUGUCAUGUUUAUGGCACAACAAUGAUACAGUGCCAACUUUUACAAAAGACACCAGUGUCUCGAUCAAGUCUAUUUAGCAUUUAAUAAUCACUCUUAAAUUAGAGCUUAGCGAAAUGCUGUUCAGGUUUUUCUUGCUUCUUUGUGCGCGUUUUUUAAAAUAGGGAUAGCUGUCACGCCCAAGGUCCAUUUUGUAGAUAUAUCUCAUCUGGUGAUUAUGUUACAA